AUGGCGAACGCACUUCCAGUAGUUUAUAAAGCUUGCGCGGCAUGCAAACACCAACGCAGAAGAUGCGAUGCAAACUGCGAACUCGCCAAAUAUUUCCCGGCGGAAAAAGCCGACGAUUUUGAAGACGUGUACCACCUUUACGGCAUGCAAAACACAUUAAAAAUACUUAAAUCCGUUGACGAAGAAGAAAGAGAUAAGACGAUUGAGAGUCUUAUUAUGGAGGCGAAGAUGCGAUUGGAAUAUCCCGUGCACGGCCACUUUUCGGUCGCGAGAAAGCUUAGCAUUGAGAUUGACAAGGCGGAGAAAGAGCUUGAAUUUGUCCGCAGACAAAUCCAGCUCUUUAGAGGAUCGGAUAACCGGGCCGGUCCGUCAACCCGCCGUGAAGGGCAACCCGAUCAACCGUGA